UCCUGUUGGAGUUGGUCCGGCAGGUCCGGGAGCUGCGUUUCUGACAAGGGAAAGAGCCCCAAACUCACUCUUUCAAAUCGGCCUCGGGCCAAUUGUGAGUGGGCUGGGUCUCGACACUGCAGCUGGAGCAGUCCCGCCCCGAGGGCGGCUGCUGGCUAGCAGAAGAGGACCUUAUCUCUUCCGGAACGGAGGCUGCGCGCACUGGCUGUUUCCGGGGGGCCGGACUCCGUCGCCGCGCCGCGCUCCGUCUCGCGCGGGGCCACGUCUCCGCCUGAGCGGCCGGGCGGGGCGUUUGCAGCGGCUUCCUCAGCGCCGGGGUAUCAUGAUAUUACUUGGUUAGAUUUCAGGCCAUUUGUGAGACUUUAAAUCUUCCGAAAAUGGCAGCCCUGGUGCGGCCCAUCCCAGGAGCUCUCAGCCGUUGCUGAUGGCAGAAACCAAGCUCGCUCGCAGUUCACUUGCAGCCCCUGACUGUCAGCCCAGCCCGUGUCACCCUAGCCAUGGACGGUGCAGCGGCCGUACAGGAAGGCCUGCUGGAGGACAGACCCGGCAGUGGGAUCUCAGCUCGCCCCGAGGCCCCCCCAGAGCCCACUGGCUCCCUGACAUCACUGGACCAGUGGGAUGAAGCCCAGUGUGCCGGUGUCGAGGUAGACAGAGCUUCAGAUGAAGGAGGAAGCCAAGGGGACACCUGUCUGAAUGGGCCGGCGCCACAGUUCCCAGACCCUCCGCUGUCAGUGGGUCCUGAAGCCUCUCCAGGUGUGGCUGAUUUCCAUGACAACCUAAGGAAGUCUCAGGGGACUAGUGCUGAGGGCAGUGUUAGAAAAGAAGCUUUGCAGUCCCUCAGACUCAGUCUUCCUAUGCAAGAAACGCAACUGUGCUCAACAGAGGCUCCAGUGCCCCUGGAGAAGGAACAGCAGGUCCGACUGCAGGCUCGGAAGCAGCUGGAAGAGCAGCUCAGACAGUACAGGGCGAAGCGCCAGCAGGAAAGAUCAAGUCAACCUGUAACUAAAACGAGACUUUUUAGCACACUUGAUCCUGAACUCAUGUUGAACCCAGAAACCUUACCGAGGGCCAGUGCCGUGGCUAUGACCAAAGAAUAUUCCUUCCUGCGCACCAGCGUCCCUCGGGGGCCGAAGGUGGGCAGCUUAGGGCUCCUGGCACAUCCUAAGGAGAAAAAAAGUUUCAAAUCAAGCAAAAUUCGGUCUCUGGCUGAUUACAGAACUGAAGAUUCAGACGCUCGGAAUUCUGGUGGAAAUGUUCCGGCUCCGGACUCUGCCAGGGCCUCCCUGGAGCAGAACCGAGGCAGUGGGACGUCAGUGGUGUCUGAGCUCAGCCUGUGUCCCGAGGCCGAUGACCGCCUGGAGGAUGCGUCCCUGACGGGGGACAAUGUGUCCGAGGCUGACGGGACCGAGAGUGACAGCUCCUCCUAUAGCAGCAUCUCCGCCCGAGGGACGGCCAGCCUUCCAGUGAACACGGGGGGCGUGCGCCAGGCCCCCUGUGGGGUCAGCAGCCAGGAGAUCGCCGCCAGCGCCCUGGGCCAGCUGCCCUCCAUCUCGGAUGUCCUCCAGGCCGCAGCCGCGGAGCGCCAAGAGCAGAGGCAGAAGGUCAACGGGGAGACGCGGCGCCGGGCUGACAGCAUCUGCAGCAGCGCGUCCAUGGAAAGCUCUGUUGCUGAAACUCAUGAUGAAAUGUUGCAGGUUCUUAAAGAAAAAAUGAGACUCGAAGGACAGCUGGAAGCUUUAUCAUUAGAGGCUAGUCAGGCACUUAAAGAAAAGGCCGAGCUGCAAGCGCAGCUGGCCGCCCUGCACACGAAGCUGCGGGCACAGCUGGAGCACAGCCACAGCAGCCAGCAGAGGCAGGACUCGCUCAGUUCGGAGGUGGACACCUUAAAGCAGUCUUGCUGGGACCUCGAGCAGGCAAUGAGCGCUCUGCAGAACAUGCUGGAAGCCAAGAAUGCUAGCCUGGCCUCCUCCAACAGCGACCUGCGGUUGGCAGAGGGGCAGUACCAGAGACUCAUGGCCAAAGUGGAGGAGAUGCAGAGGAGCAUCCUCAGCAAGGACAACACAGUGCAUGACCUGCGGCAGCAGAUGACAGCCUUGCAGAGCCAACUGCAGCAGGUGCAGCUGGAGCGCACUACGCUGACCAGCAAGCUGAAGGCGUCCCAGGCCGAGAUUGCGUCCCUGCAGAGUGUCCGGCAGUGGUACCAGCAGCAGCUUGCUCUGGCCCAGGAGGCCCGGGUCCGGCUGCAGGGCGAGAUGGCCCACAUCCAGAUUGGACAGAUGAGCCAGGCGGGCCUCCUGGAGCACCUGAAGCUUGAGAAUGUGUCCCUGUCCCACCAGCUGACGGAGACCCAGCAGAGGUCGAUCAAGGAGAAGGAGCGCAUUGCCGCCCAGCUCCAGGGCAUCGAGGCUGACAUGUUGGACCAGGAAGCUGCCUUUGUGCAGAUUCAGGAGGCGAAGACGAUGGUGGAGGAGGACCUGCAGAGGAGGCUGGAGGAGUUCGAAGAUGAGAAACAGCAGCUGCAGACGACGGCGGCCUCGGCGGCGGCCCUGGAGCAGCAGCUGGAGCAGGUGAAGCUGACUUUGCAUCAGCGAGACCAGCAGCUUGAGGCUUUGCAGCAGGAGCACCUGGACCUGUUGAAGCAGUUCACCUCGACGCAGGAGACUUUGCAGAGCAGGGAGCAGUCCCUCGGGGACCUGCAGCUACACCACGACGAGCUGCAGGCCAGGCUGGAUGAGCUGCGGGGGGAGGCCGCUGCAAGGGACGACGCCAUCCGUUUCCUGCAGAACGAGAAGAUCGUCUUGGAGGUGGCUGUGCAGGCAGCCCAGAGCGGCAGGGAGGAGUUUGAUAGAGAGGCAAAAUGCCUGGAAGAGGGUGCCCAGGACACGUCAGAAACUUUAGAGCAGUUGACACAGGAAUUAGCCAUCAAGUCCAGCCAGGUGGAGCACCUGCAACAAGAAGCUGCCUCCCUGAAAAAGCAGGCACAGAAGACAAAGGAGCAGUUUCUUCAACAGAAGACCCGCCCCGCGGGCUGCAGCUUCCGGCCUGUUGGGCAGGUGAUGGUGGAGGCCUACCGCCGGGACGCCACCUCCAAAGACCAGCUCAUCGGCGAGCUGAAGGCCGCAAAGAGGAGGCUGGACUCGGAGGUGAAGGAGCAGCGGCAGGAGGCCGUCAGACUUCAGGGGGAGAAGAGGGCCGCGGAGGUGCAGCGCUUGCACCUGCAGAGGGAGGCGUCGCAGGCCCGUCAGCAGGUGGUGGAUCUUGAAGGGCAUCUCCAGUCCACGCAGAGGGAGCGCGACGAGAUGGAGACGCACUUACAGUCUUUGCAGUUCGAUAAAGAGCAGAUGGCUGCUCUUACGGAGGCCAACGAGGUGCUCAAGAAACAAAUAGAAGAGCUGCAGCAAGAAGCCGCAAGGGCCAUCACCGAACAGAAGCAGAAGAUGAAGCAGCUGGGCUCAGACCUGAGCAGCGCACAGAAGGAGAUGAAGACCAAGCACAAGGCCUACGAGAACGCCGUGGGCAUCCUCAGCCGCCGCCUGCAGGAGGCCCUCGCGGCCAAGGAGGCGGCCGAGGCCGAGCUGAGCCAGCUGAGAGCCCGGGUGGCCGGUGGCGGCAGUGACCACACCCUGCACGAGCGGGUCCAGGCCCUGGAGGCGGAGCUGCAGGCUGUGGGCCACAGCAAGAGGAUGCUGGAGGGGGAGCUGCAGGAGGUCAUCGCGCUGACCAGCCAGCAGCUGGAGGAGCAGCGGGAGAGGGUGCUGGAGCUGGAGGACGAGCUGCAAGAGUCCAGAGGCUUCAGGAGGAAGAUAAAGUGCCUUGAGGAGUCGAAUAAGAAGUUGGCUCUGGACUUAGAGCAUGAGAGAGGGAAGCUUAUGGGCCUUGGACAGUCCAGCGCGGCCCUGAGGGAACACAACGGCAUCUUAGAGACAGCUUUAGCCAAGAGGGAAGCAGACCUGGUCCAGCUGAACCUGCAGGUGCAGGCAGUUUUGCAGCGCAAAGAGGAGGAGGACCGCCAGAUGAAGCAGCUCGUCCAGGCCUUGCAGGCCGCGCUACAGAAGGAAAGGGUGACGGUGCACAGCCUCAAGGAGCAGGUUGCUGCCGCCCAGGGGGAAGCGGGGCACAACCGCCGCCAUUUUAAGGCCGCCACCUUAGAGCUGAGCGAGGUGAAGAAGGAGCUGCAGGCCAAGGAGCGGGAGGUGCAGAGGCUGCAGGCGGAGGCAGAUGGGCUCCAGAUUCAGGAGGGGAAACAUUCCCAGGAAAUAGCACAGUUCCAGGCAGAGCUGGCAGAGGCCCGGACCCAGCUCCAGCUCCUGCAGAAGCAGCUGGAUGAGCAGCUGAGCAAAGAGCCUGUAGGAAACCAAGAGAUGGAAAAUCUCAAAUGGGAGGUGGAUCAGAAAGAGAGAGAAAUCCAGUCCUUGAAGCAGCAGCUGGACGUGACUGAGCGGCAGAGUAAACAGGAGUUGGAUGGGAUACAGCAGUCAAUGCAGAAUGUUAAAUCUGAGCUGGAGAUGGUACGGGAAGAUCUGUCCCUGACCCAGAAAGAUAAAUUCAUGCUUCAAGCUAAAGUGUCGGAACUGAAGAGCAACAUGAAGACACUGCUCCAGCAAAACCAGCAGCUCAAGCUGGACCUGCGGCGGGGAGCAGCCAAGACGAGAAAGGAGCCGAAGGGAGAAGCCAGCUCUUCCAGCCCCGUGACGCCGGUGAAGAUCCCUGACUGCCCCGUGCCAGCCUCGCUUUUGGAGGAGCUGCUGCGGCCCCCGCCUGCCGUGAGCAAGGAGCCCCUCAAGAACCUCAACAGCUGCCUGCAGCAACUCAAGCAGGAGAUGGACAGCCUGCAGCGCCAGAUGGAGGCUCAUGCGGUCACUGUGCACCAGUCGUUGUCCUCGUGGACGCAGGGGGACCCCGCCAGCCCCUCCCGCCUGGGUGAUCACACCAACCCCAGAGGAGACACGGAGCAACACGGGCAGAGCGGGGCCACGAGAGAGCACUUUGGAGCGGUGACCGCCGAGCAUCCCCACCCCGAGUGUUUGUAGCUGACUGCAGGAAUGCUCUCUCCUCCGUGUUAUUUAUUUGACUGUGUGCUCUAUUGUCUUUCUAAGAGAUGGAAGUUAAGUUUUGCAUUGGCCGUUACAAGGAGUAAAAUAACAAAGCGAGAGUCGAGAAUUGAUGACAGUCAUUUGCAGGUCGCAGCCAGCUUUUCCCACGAAGUGACCAAAUCUUAAAAACCUAAUCUAGGGCUCAGCGAGACAUUUUGCAUGUGUCUGAAGGGUUAUCUGCGGAAGGAGGCAUCUUAGGCCUGACCGUAGACGCUGCUCUCGGACGGCCGCUGGCAGAGGCGUUGCGUGGCUGCGUCCGGCUUCUCACUUUCCUGUCUGAUUCAGAAAGAGCUUUCCUCCCUGCAGGAGUGAGACCUCGUUUGCACCUUUGGCUUUUAUUUUAUUUUGUUUUGUUUUCAAUAGCCAUCUCUCCGUAGAACGUAUAUAUAAAUACCGGAAAUCAUCAUCUAAUCUUUAAAAAGUAUAUGCUCGUAUUAUUUAAGAAUGACCCGAAUUGUCUUUUUAUUGAUUGCCUUUUGAAAAUCUGCAGUUAGGAAGUAACGUAUGUGUAGGAUUUAGGAAUGUCAGAAAUUUAUGUUUUAAGAAAUGUAAUUAUUUUAUUUACCUUCUAAAGCCAAAUAUUCUUAGGCAGAAGUUCUUUGUUAUUUUAGUUUCACUUAAUUUUGAGGGUCUUUCCUUGCCAUGAGUGCACAAUGCCCACCUGUUUGACCCCUGGCCCUGCAUGGCCUCGCUCACCUUGGCCAACCCCCGGGCAGGCCUGAUGGCCACCAGGACGCCCACAUAGACACCACGGUCAGCACAUGCUGACCUGAUGCAUGAGGCAUGGGGAGAGGCCUCAAGAGGUGGGGGGGGAGAGCAAGGAGGAGGGGCAGGGCCAGGGCUUCCGUGGGCUCCAGACCAGGGAGCACUUUGCCCUGUGUGGCAACGUCCACCAGCACCUGUGUGGUCGUCAAGAGAUAUGCUGGCCUCUGUGUGGUGACAGCCUUCAGAAGGGGGAGAAGGCCCUUGACCCUCUCAUCUGGAAAGCAGCGAAAGGGGCAGGUCAGCAUGAGAGGGUCUCCCGAGGUUUACCUGAAAUCAGACACCCCAAGUGUGCGAGGUCCCGCCUAGAGUGACUGUGAGACUCGAGGUUUGUAAGCUUGCCCCUAGUUUGCUAAGAUGAUCUAAAAUAAUGUUUAUUGUUCCAAGUUAGAGAAGAGAGAGAGAACGGGUCUGUGUGGCCCCCUGUGCAGGUCGGCUGGUCUGAAGAUGAAGUGUGCGGUGUUACUGAUCAGGCCAGACAUGCUCGUAUCACCGCAUCACCUGGGUCUCUCUUGUGGAGAAGACAGUGUGGUGUUUUUAACCUGCUUGUGUUCUCUCACAAUAUGCUGUUAGAAGGUUAAUUGAUAAUAUUAAAGUAACAUUAAUCACAAAGAUGUUUAGUGUUUAAAAAAAUUCCCCAGCAAGUAUUGGAACGUCUAAAAUAUGUGUAUCAUUUGUACAGGGUUAAUCUUGGAAAUUAUACUUGAAAACUUUAUUCUGCUCUUCAUUUUAAGUUGGAAAUCGUUUUUGACAAAACUGUUUUUGUACCAUUGGAAAAGAAAAAUGGUAAUUUAUGUUCUUAUUUAUUUUGGCUGCAAUAUCUUUUGUUUUAAUUUUAGAGCCGCUUUCUCUCUCCUUGCUGAGGUCUUCCAGAAAAUCAGUGUAUCUUCCUUAGGAAAGGAUAAAGGAAUCCUGAGUAUAUCCAUCAAGAGAAAGCAAUCUCUGUUCCCCACCCCUUUUUCCUUUGUCGAGUCACCUCUGUGUGUGUACGUGCGUCUGCGCGUGUGUGCGUGUGCAUGUGUACGUGUGCGUGUACGUGCGCGCGCGCGCGCCUUUAGCAGCAGUGCCUCGUCUGGGCUCCUGCUGUCAUCCUGUGCCAGCUUCAUCCUCUAGUUCUGUGCGCGCCCGGCCUGCCUCUGGCCUGAGCGCUCAGACUGCCCCCCUCCCAUGUCCUGUGUGUGCCCCUCGUGCUGUCACGUCUGGCCUGUAGUUCCCGACCAGGGGCCCUUGUGUCCGGGCUUCCUUAACAAAUCACCCUGAAGGGGGGACGUUGGACUGAAUCGCCUGCUCUUCGUUUGCUGCGGGUUUUUUCUCUGAGGGGCUUUACUGGCGCUCCUGUCUCCCAGAGCUUGAUUCUUUUAGGGAGCAGCAUUGGAAAUAUUCUUCCACUGUGGGCAGAAGUGGGAAUUAGGAACUUCCUCAUGGAAAACAGCAGUCCACUCUGGAGCACGUGUAGAAACACGUUUGCUGUUGCGCUGUAUUUGUGUAUGUUGUUCAUCCUCGUGUCCUCACUGGAGAGCAUGUCAGCUUGGACACUUCGUGAUGUUAUGACUUGAUUUUCUUAUGCUCCUAAAAUAACUUACUGUGAGUGGUUGUUGUUGAUUUUUCCACGGUACACGUCAGAUAGAUGCCACGGAUCUUUUAGACUUACAUGCCUUUGUUCUACUAUUUGGAAGCUGUAACAGGCAGUGUCUUUGAUGAGAUGUGAAACUGGCUCACACUCUGGCCUGGGGUCCAGGUGCCAGGGUGGGCCUCGAGGAAGACAGCCUGUGGAAUGCUGCAUUAGGAAAAUUCUCAUUCAACUGCUCCUCGGUUUAAAGACUUUUCUUGGUAUAGGGAUACUGCAAAAGCCAUGGGCCUGCAAGGGCACCGUGACAUAUAUUCCUACUUUUCUGAGUAUUUUUUUAACGAAAAUUAAAUGUCGCGUGUAAAGAUUGCCAGUAGUGAAAGGGACCAGCGGAUCUGAAAGAGAACUGUCCUGGAGCAUCCCCAAGGGCCGUGAUGUGCACAGGGCGGGGCUUGUGAGAGUCUUCUCAGAGCCGCACUCAAGUUCACUCACUCCCCGCAGGGCGCCUCUCAGUGUAUGGUGGUCUCAGGUUACAAUAGGAUCCUUGACAGGAAUGCUUCAGAGGAUCUAGAAAACUCGGUGGUUUUAAGUUAUUCAUGUUUAAUAAAAAUUUCCUCGUUAAAAGGGAGUCCUCAGGUUGGGGCUAUUCAGGGGAAAAGUGUCACCAUGCACAAUGAAUUGUAACUUAAAAAGCAUGUUGAUUUUUUAUAAAUUUAAGUGUGCUUGGGAAUUCCUUGAAUUUUGUGCAAUAAACUAUUUUUUGUUAAAGAUU